GAGAGGAAUUUUUAAACUGCCAAACGAUCGGAAUAAGAUUACUUAAAGAGUUUUGAAGAAAUAAUUUUUAAUCUCUUAAUCAUUUCGAAUGCUUUGUUGUAUUUGAUUAUUUUAUUUACAUUUUCAAAAACUAUUGUAUCAUUGCUCGUAUAAUGAUUACAAGAUUAGCCACGAGGUUAAUGAUCUGAUGGUAGAAUGUAAAAAUCUUAUGUCACUUUUUCUCAGUCCCUAACUCUGUUGAUUAUAUUCCAUUCAAGCAGAAAAUUCAAGAAUGUCUCAAUGGAUAAAAUGGCAACAGAUUCACACAUCUUUAAUGAGACGGUCUUUUGACUCAUGGCCCCAAGAAGAAUGGCAAAGCUUAUUGAAGGAUACUUUGUUAGCAACAACUUCAGUCUGCCAGAAAGUGCCAUCAGUCUGCUGUCACUGCCAUCAACUAGUAGCUCUUUCGUCGGUUACAUUGAUGAUUCUGUUGGCACAACAAAAUGAGAGCGAUAAAAUAACUGAGCCAUAUGUGAAACAGUUGCUAGAGAAAGAUAUCUUCAUAAAUAUUUUGAGGCUUCUACAGCAUCAGUGUCAGUUUAUGCGGUAUCAUGCACUGCGUACCUUAUUGACCAUACUUCAUUAUUAUGGAAGAAAGGAUUCUGUGGAGUUUGUGGUGGUGGCAUGUCUGGAAAAUACACAAGCAGCUCAUAGUCUGGAGCCACUUCAGCUGUUGGGUGGUCUGUUCUCAAGCAAGGCUGGAAGAAAUUCAAAGGCUCAGUGCUUAGCUCUUCUUCAGGAAAAGCUUCCCAUGUUGUUAUCACAGCAUGCUUAUACUGCCAGCAUUCCAGCAGAAUCUAGUGAUUCACAAGCCUCCUUUUACUUGUGCCUUUGUUUGCUGCAAAAGAUUCUCAAGUAUGUCAACACUUUAGAUGUUCAUGAGAGAUUGUUAAAGAUAGAAAACAUGUUUGAAACAACUCUGAGAGUGAUAUUGGAGUACCUCAUAAAACAUAUCCAUGGGAAUGUGCAAGAAAGAGAUUUACUUUCACUCAGAAAAUGUCUAGAAGUGUUGAACACUGUUCUGGAUUGCAGAGGACUUGAAAAAGAAGAUUCAUUAGAUAGAAUUCUUGCCAGGUUUGCUAGUGAAAUCUUGAAAGGACUUCACAUAAAUAAGUGCUCAUGGUCCUUUCCCAGUGAGAGACUUUUUGUUGGAGGUGUUGGCUUUUCCCAACAGAUGUUACAGCUGAAGACCAUGGACAGUAUGCAUACCUACAAUUCUUUUGAUUUAUCGUUGACUUGCAAUCCAUUGUUGGGACUUCUAGUAAGUGUGACCUUGAAAGCAAGUGGAAUCUGUGUUAGCGCUGCAGUUCAUGGUUGUGAUGGAGAAAGUGUUUGUCUCUGCUCUUCUAUAUUGUUCUCCAUGCACUCAGCUGUUAAGCAGCAGCUAGAACCUUUUCGUGAUGAACCGCUCUUUUUAAUAAGAGACAGAAUAAGAUGGCUUCCUUUGUUGUAUGGAGAUCAAGAUGACCAAUGGGUGGAAGCACUUCUUUAUUUACUGAACAUCUAUGCAUGUGUCAAAGCAUAUGGAUACCAAAGAAAUACAAGAGCUUUUAUCACUGGUAGAUCCACACACUCAGUUCAUUGAGCUACUGCAGUUUAUUGGUUUUGAUUUUUCAUUAUUGAUAGACUGGCUGACAUCACCAGAGACACGCUUCCUGCAAUAUUUCACUCACUACCUCCGUGUGCUUGUGGCAGAUUUCAAAGCUUUGCACAUUUCUGCUGCUGAUUUCUGUGACCAAAGAAUUUCUUCUAAUGCAUUAAUAGGUCUGGCUAAACCUGUUUGGCUAGCACCCUCAAAGGAUCACUGCCAGUCUGCUAUCAGUCAACAUUUAGUUGGUACAUCACUGUCACACCAAAGUCCAUCAGGAAUGGAGACUCUGAAAUUAGGCAAAGAAGGAAGUUUGAAACAAGGAGGAAAAUGUGAUAUGUCAGCUCUGCAGGAUAGGUAUAAACCUUCUGCUUUAUUCAAAAGAAUUGACACUGAUUUUUUGAGUGAGAAGCAACAACAUAAGCUUGAGCAAACAGAUGUCAGCCUUGACAGUGCCAACGAUGUCCUUAAACAUAGUAUAGGACUUGCACUACUUGCUAGUUAUGGUGAUGAUGAUGGAGAUA